AUGUUGGUAACCAAAACAUUAUCUCAGCCUCACGUUGUGUGGGAAGCUACUUGGGAGUAUCUAACCGACGAUAUUCUCUACAAGAAACGACGAGAAACUGGAAAUCCCGAGUUGAACUUGACCAUAGAUCAUAUCAAAAACAUUGCUCUAACCGAGAUUGAAAAUCAUUUGCUUAGCAAUGGUCGUAGCCUCCAGAAAUGGCCCCUAAUGCCAAAGCCAGAUGAUUUUGGUUGUUACAACGGCAAUCGCCUUAUAGAUGAUGAGCUUAAGUAUGUUGUGGAAGAUCAGCUAAAGGAAAAUGAAAGACUUAUGGCGAUGAUAACAGAUGAGCAACGAGAUUUUGGAUGCAGUAAAACCUUCGUAUAUAGAGCACUCUCAUCAGCAAUCCGAUCUAGACGUAUGAUUGUUCUAAAUACCGCAUCCAGUGGAAUUGCUGCAUUAUUGUUGGAAGGAGGUAGAACCGCACAUUCCAGGUUUGGUAUUCCGAUAGAUGCCGACGAGUUUACUACUUGCAAGAAAAUGGAGCCAGGAUCAGAUCGUGCAGAAUUAGUUAAAGCAGCAAAGCUCAUUGUAUGGGAUGAGGCGCCUAUGAUGAGCAGACACUGUUUCGAGACUUUGGAUCGUUCUAUGCGUGAUAUUAUAAGAUCUUCUGAAGACAAACCUUUUGGAGGUAAAGUAGUUGUUUUCGGUGGAGAUUUCAGACAGAUUUUACCGGUCAUACCUGGAGGUGGUAGAGCAGAGACUGUUUUGCAAGCUCUUAAUUCGUCAUAUCUUUGGGAGCACUGCAAAGUUCUGAAGCUAACAAAAAACAUGAGAUUGCUCGCUGGGCUUACUGAUGAUGCAGCAAAAGACCUUCAAUCCUUCUCAAAAUGGAUUUUGGAUGUUGGAGAUGGAAAAAUAAAUUUGCCAAACGACGGUCAGGUUGACAUUGACAUCCCUUCUGAUCUGUUGAUCAAAAAUAUUGGAGAAGAUCCGAUUCAAACUAUUGCAAAGGAAGUUUAUGGACAAUUGCCAGGUGAAUACAAGGUUUACCUUAGCUCUGACAGUAUAAUCCCAUCCGAUGUUGAUGUAGAAGAAAAUGUUACCUAUCCAGCAGAGUUUUUGAACAGUGUUAGAGUGGCAGAAAUGCCUAGACAUAAUUUGAAGCUGAAGGUUGGUGCUCCUAUUAUGUGUCUCCGUAACUUGGAUUUGGUAGACGGCUUAUGCAAUGGUACUAGGCUAAUUGUUGCUCAGUUGCUCCCACAUGUUAUAGAAGGUAGAAUUAUAACUGGAAACAGUAUUGCUGGAGACAAAGUCUGGAUUCCUAGAAUGUAUGUCAGUCCACCUGACACAAAGUUUCCCUUCAGGAUGCGUCGAAGACAGUUUUCCGUUACACUGGCUUUCGCGAUGACCAUCAACAAAAGUCAAGGUCAAACACUAGAAAGUGUUGGUUUGUUUUUGCCUAGGCCAGUGUUCUCACAUGGUCAGCUCUACGUUGCACUUUCAAGAGAAGGAUGGGUGGUGAUGACUACGAAGAUCGAUACUAUUUCAUUCUCGGAAAAAAGUGUUCUCACUAUUUUGAUCAUGGUCUCUCCUUGA